GCUCUCUCUCUCUCUCUCUCUCUCUCUCUCUCUCUCUCCUCAGUCUCAAGGACGAUCCUUCCUAACGCUGCAGCUGACUGCCCGGUCGAGACGACGACCUUGACUACGACACGUUGCCGAUCUCCGUGCUGGGCAAGCUCGACGUUCAAUUCCUCACCGACUCUCUCAGAUUCGCCAGGCCUUCUUUGACGCCAUGGCUCGAUUCCAGUGGCUCGAUUCCACCCCGAGGUAAUUUAUAUGAUUGCAGCCAAUGAAGUGAGGUCUCGCCGCGGAAGUUAUUGGGUCUUUUUAGAGGAUCAAGCCUUUUGAGAGAAGCUGAUAACGGACCCUCAAUCCUACAAUUACUACAUGGACUAGUGAUACCACAGUUUCAGAGAGUCUAAAUCCUUUGAUCUUUCUAUGUGAGAUUUGGACCUCAAGUUUCGAUACUGCACACGUUUCUGAAGCUAAUGUUUGACCUUAUGGGUGAUUAUAGACAAUUAGACAAGGAUAAAGAUUUUCUUUGGGAUGCCAUCAAAGCCAUGUAAACUUUCUCAUGGCUGUGGCCAAAAAAAGAACUUGGUUGCCCAUGAGACAUUCUAGUGAGAGGAGCAUUAGCAUUAGUUGCUGACUAUUGAGGAAUCAUGUUUGCCGGAGUCGGUGGUGUUCGUUCCGCAGCUGCCACUGGAGCUGCAUUUGAGAAUCGCAUUUUCCACUCAUGUGAUUUUUGCUCCCGGCCACCGCACCCGGUGGAAUUGCUUCUUAACAUAGUCAUGGGUGGUGCCGCUGGAUUGGCAGUGAUCGUUAUUGCUUUGGAACUCUAUAGGUCAAAAGUCGCCCGUCCUCACCUGAGCAAUGAUAUGCCAAUGGGAAAUAAUGCACCUUCGACGACCGGGAGAGGUGGAGGAGAAGGCGAUGAUAACACGAACUUAACUGAAGAGUUUGCAAAGUUGAUUGGACCCAAGAAGUUCUCCUAUGAAGAGUUGAUGAUCGCAACCGGUUCCUUUGCAAAAGACAGGAUUCUAGGAAUAGGAGGUUUCGGGAUCGUGUACGAAGGGCAUGUAGGAGCUUGCACACGGGUCGCUGUAAAGAUAAUAAACCCUGAUUCGCAACAAGGGAUAAAGGAGUAUAUAUCUGAGGUGAAGUCGUUAAGCCAACUUAGGCACAGAAACUUGGUGCAACUUAUAGGUUAUUGUCACGAGGCAAAUAAAUUCAUCCUGGUUUACGAGUUCAUCAGAGGAGGUAGCUUGGAGGACCAUCUUUUUAAAGGCAAACCCCUGUUGACAUGGGAAAGGAGGUACAACAUUGCUCUAGGAUUAGCCUCAGCGCUGCACUACCUACAUAAUCAAUGUCACCAAUGUGUGAUCCACAGGGAUAUCAAAUCCAGCAAUACCAUGCUCAAUGAAAAGUUCGUGGCCAAAUUGGGAGAUUUCGGCUUGGCUAGACUAGUUGACCAUGCUAGAGGGCGAAAAACAACCCUAGUGAUAGGAACACCAGGUUAUGUGGCUCCGGAAUACCAUCGAACAGGUGAGACAAGUAUGGAAUCUGACAUCUACAGUUUUGGAGUGGUCCUUUUAGAAAUAGUAUGUGGGAGAAGAGUCUUUGACUCGGAAUUAGCAGAGCAAGGCCAAGGCCUUGUACAGUGGGUUUGGAAGCGUUAUGGAUGCAGGAGCUGGAUCGGGCGCUGGCGCAGGAAUUUUCUCCGUGCGGUGGACAAGAGGCUCGGCAAGGAUUUCGACAAGAGACAGGCGGAGUUCUUGAUGAUUGCGGGGCUGUGGUGUGCUCAUCCCGAUGCUAGGUAUCGGCCUUCUAUUGAAGAGGCAAUAGCCGUUUUGAACUUGAAGGCAGAGCCUCCCAAACUCCCCUCGAAGAUGCCAAGUUUCAACAUAUAAUUGAGCCAAAGGUCUCGUCUCGUCUAGAUGCAUUUGGCUUUAGGCAAAUGCCUCGCUCUAAAAAGAAAUAAGUGAUGUCUAUUUUUAUUUUGUUGGGAACUGAUGUCUAUUUAAGUGUGAUGUAUAUGAAAAUCACCGAACUAGAGGUAAUUACUGAAAAGCUGUUGUACUCGCCUUUGUCACCCAUUACAGGUAGUUUGGUGUACAGUACUUAAAAAAUUUAUUUACGUUAGAUCA